AUGUCCAAAACAAUCGAAUUCAACGUCUUCAAAGGCUCCGAGAGUGGGGACGUCAACCCGGACACGAUCAGGCGCACCAUUCAGCCCUCGGAAGUUUUCGUCGAGAUCUCGCACGCAGGCCUCUGCGGAACGGACCGGCUAUUCAAGAACAAGGGCAUUGCACUUGGCCACGAGGGCGCAGGCACCGUCCGCGACGUUGGAAGCGCAGUAACCAACUUCAAGGUCGGCGACAAGGUUGGCUUCGGCUGGGUGCGCAAGGUGUGUGGACAUUGCGACUUCUGCGUUAGCGGUCACGAUCAGUAUUGCCAGCAGCGCGAGCAGUAUGGCAAGGAGAACACCGAGAUCGGUGCAUUCGCUACCCACGCCGUCUGGCACGAGAGCAUGCUGAUCAAGCUUCCGGAUGACCUGGAGCCUGAGUAUGCUGCUCCGCUGAUGUGCGGCGGAGCGACUGUCUGGUGUGCUUUGACGUGCUACGAUAUCAAGCCUGGAGACCGAGUCGGGGUCCAGGGGAUCGGCGGACUAGGGCAUAUGGCGAUUCAAUUUGCGUCAAAGCUAGGAUGUGACGUGGUUGUAUUCUCGAGCUCCGCCGCAAAGAAGGACGAGGCGAAGGGCCUGGGAGCGAACGAGUUCCAUACACUUGAGAACGGUGCUGUGCGAGAUGCUGUGCGGCCGGUAAAAUAUCUUCUCUGGUGUGGAAAUGAGCCGCCUGAUUUUCCCAAGUUGGUGCCUCUAGUCUUAACUGCGAGAGAUUUGAGCACGCAACAACCCCCGCUGCCAGUCAUGCCGCUUAUCUCGAACGGCAUUCGGAUUCAGGGCUCCGCGGUAGCCUCGCGUGUGGCUGUCCGCAAGAUGCUGCGAUUCGUGUCACUGCACAGAAUCCGGCCCAUCAUCAUGACAUGGCCGAUGACAAAGGAUGGAAUCCAAGCUGCAUUCCAGAUCCUGGAGCAAGGCAAGAUGCGGUACAGAGGAGUUAUUGUGGGCCAGAGACAUUUGAUGGGGAAGCCUGCUGUAGAGAAAAUGGGAUGA